CACACACGGUCCACCGAGUGAGCUGCUCCGGAGUGCACGGUGCAGCUCUGUCGAGAGUCGGACGCAGAGAUCCUUCACUCGACACCGCGGUCAUGUUCCUCUGCGCUUUUCUCUAACACUUCCGCCGGCCGGCUGGCUGCUGCUGUGUGCGGGUGUGUGCGGGAUGGAGAAGUGCGGUGCGGCUCGCUGUGACAGCGCCGGUAAGCGCAGUGUGUCGGUGGAGCGCGGCCGGAGACCAGCAGCGAGCGGAGCGCAAGCGCGGCCCGGAGCUCCAAUCCCGAACCAGGCGUGCAGCGGGAAAGCGGAGCAAAACCUCCGGAGAGGACUGGAAGGAGUCCUCAACAAAUACACUAAUCUACUGCAAGGAUGGCAGCACAGGUAUUUUGUUCUGGACCCUGAGCUUGGUCAGCUGCAGUACUUUCUAAAUGAGCAAAGUAAGACCCAAAAACCACGAGGCGCCUUGCCUCUGAUUGGCUCAUCUGUGGCUCCCAGUGAUGAGUUUCCAUUCAUGUUCACAGUUUUUGCGGUUAAUGGAGAGCUGUUUAAACUGAGAGCUUGUGAUGUGUAUGAGCGGCAGCAGUGGAUGACCCAGCUUCAGCUCUGUGCCCGUCGUCAUUCAGAGGGCAGCACCAAGGGCUGCUCUUUAUCCUCGGUCUCCUCCUCUUCCACGGGCAGCCGGACCCGCAGCUGCUCCCUACUCCCUCAUCCCGCUCCAUCCUGCUCCUCCACUGCCACCCAGAGGCAAAACCUCCCGCAUGGGCACGGGACCCCGAGCUCCAUCAUCACCAUCACCCACCACAAAUCACCCACGAGUGGCCAUCGGGCCUGCAGCCACAAUCCUGCCCGUCUGCACCACGUCAAAGAGGUCAUGUCUCAGGCUGAGGGCCAGCAGAAGAACCUGCUGCACUCCAUUGAGUCUCUGCCGAGUCGUGGACCUCUUUCCUCACUCGAUCCAGACCUGCUGCUCCUCAAGGCUACAUCUGCAGCCACACUAAGCUGUCUAGGAGAGUGCCUAAGCAUCCUUCAGCACAAUGUCACCCAGGCAGCCCGCAACAUUUCCACACAAACACCAGGACUAAACACAGACACUAAUUCAGGCUGGUCGGGGCCAAAACUUGCAGCAGAUGAGCUAGUGGAGAAUGGAUCAGUGAUGGGCCUUUCCACCUCCACCAUUAACAAAGCAUCCCCAUCUCAAGCACACAGGAGCAAGGAGGUGCACCAAGGUUUUGAGCAGCAUUCCAGUGCAAAUGCAGUGGACCCCACUGAGGAGAACACAGACACUGAGGACAAUGAGGAAGAGGACCUGGGGGUGUUGGAUGACCAAAGGAGCAUCAUCCUCCACCUGCUCUCCCAGCUUAAACUGGGCAUGGACCUCACACGGGUAGUGCUACCUACCUUUAUCCUGGAGAAACGCUCUCUGCUGGAGAUGUACGCUAACUUCAUGGCCCAUCCUGAUAUGUUCCUGGCCAUCACAGCUGGAGCAACACCAGAAGAGCGCAUUGUGCGAUUCGUGGAAUAUUACCUAACUGCCUUUCAUGAAGGACGCAAAGGUGCUGUGGCUAAAAAGCCCUAUAACCCCAUAUUAGGAGAGAGCUUUCUGUGCAGCUGGGAUGUCCCACACGAAAAAGUACGGCCCCUUAGGACCAACACUUCCGGUCCUGCGCCUUCAGCCACACCCCUCAUCGACGGUUCCUCUCACUGCUAUCAGCUGCACUUUGUGGCUGAGCAGGUCUCACACCACCCGCCAGUCUCAGGGUUUUACUGCGAGUGCAAGGAACGGGGAAUGUGUGUCAACGCCCAUGUCUGGACGAAGAGCAAGUUCAUGGGCAUGUCUGUGGGUGUGUCCAUGGUUGGAGAGGGGGUGCUGCACCUUUUGGAGCAUGAAGAACAGUAUGUGUUCACACUUCCCUGUGCCUACGCUCGUUCCAUUCUCACCGUGCCAUGGGUGGAGCUCGGAGGAAAAGUGUCCAUCUGCUGUGCCAAGACUGGCUACUCUGCCACGGUCACAUUUCACACCAAACCUUUCUAUGGGGGGAAAGUGCACAGGGUGACGGCUGAGGUCAAGCACAAUCCCACCAGCACUAUUGUGUGUAAGGCUCAAGGCGAAUGGAACGGUACUCUGGAGUUUACAUAUAGUAGUGGAGAAACCAAAGUGAUUGACACAUCGAAACUGCCAGUCAUUAAGAAGAAAAUCCGCUCGGUGGAAAAGCAAGGCCAGUAUGAGUCCCGACGUUUGUGGCAGCACGUGACUGCAGCGCUCAAGGCCGGAGACAUCGACGCAGCCACGGAGCACAAACACCAGCUGGAGGAGAGACAGCGCAGUGAGGAGAAGCAACGAGCGGCCGCCAACACCGCCUGGAAACCCAAGUACUUCAUCAAAGAGGGAGAAGGCUGGGUCUAUCACAAUCCUCUGUGGAAGACUAACUGUUGAAGUGAGAGAGUGCCAUGAGCUAGCCGUCUGUCACAGAGCCCAGCCCACAGAUGGGCGGGGCCACACAGGGAGAGUGCUGGCCAGCCAAUGGAACCAGAGGAAGCGAAACUUCACAGGAGCACGAAAGAGCCUGAGCAUUUCCUCUGAGUGAUAAAGGUGCCAAAAAACUAAUAUUCCAACUUCAAAAGCAGAGCAACCCACUGCAGCAGCUCCCUAAAGAGCUGUCCUACUGAUUCUGAGAUGGACACACUCGAGAACAUGAUUCUUUCCAGCUCUGGGACAGGAGUCAUGGAGGUCAAGAAAAUUUUGAAAUGUAUCAAUCCAUCUAUGCUUCCUGAGAAGUCAGCACUCACCAGUUUCCUUAAACAAAACACCCUGGAUACCACGAACAGAUGAUGACAUCCGUGCUUGGAGUGUCGUGCCUGAUCGAGCACUUCAAGUCAGAAUGUGAUCAGAUGCAGCAAAACUGGGCAGAAUCCUAUUUUUAGACCCACGGCUGCUUCCAGUGAAUAUACGCUUGUCUGAAAUCACUGAGCAUAGCACUGAUGUAAGCAGUCAUGAAAGUUGCUCUAUUAGAUCUUUUUGCAUAAAUAUUCCGGUUACACAGUCUGAAUAGAAGAUGAAUCUUGUAGCUUUUGAAGUAGCUGCUCAUAGCCAUCCAGUAGGUCUAAAUAAAUGAGGUUCCAGAUGGAAUUCACUUUACUGUGAGACAUUUAUAGUACUAACCCCCUCCCAUAAAGAUUCUCAUGAGACAUUUCUUUCAGCCGAGCCAAGAAAAUGACAGCACUUAUAAUACUUGUAAAUCAAGCAUCCAACAGUUUGAGUGGUUUAUGUACUUAGUCUUGAUGGUGGCUUUGAUGAUCUAAGGAGAAACGUCUUUUAAAACCAUUUUUAUUGUUGCUUUGUGUAGCAAAUUGCAUCUUAGUUCAAAAAUUUUAAAAUAUCAUGCACAAGAAAGAUUGUUUAGAAAUAUUUGUUCAGUUUGCUGGUACAAUUGGACCAUGUUAUUAGAUAUUAGCUUGUGAAUUAAUUGUACUAUGAUCUGGUUUUGUACAUACUUUUGCAGUAAUCAUGAGAUUGGUAUUCAGAAUCAAAGCUGCACUUUAUAUGCUCUCUACCACAACACUUUAUUUCUCACUCAAUUUACAGUCAAAUGUGUACAAAAAAUGUUUUUUAACUACAUUUUGUUUUGUAGUUCCACCGUUAGCAUUUACUACAAAUCCCAGACUGAAGAUCUCUUCAAAAGCCUGUGAGGUUUCACUCCACCCACUGAUUGUAUUUUCUCUCUUUAUAAUUUGAUUCCAGAUGUGUUUUGAAAGCUGGCUUGGGAUACACGUGACUCUCUUACGAGCCUUAUAGGAAUGGAGUAUUUUUUGCACGUUUGUUUGAAUAAAUAAAUAAAAUAAAACUAA